AUGACUGGCACCACAAGAACACUAAUUCAGCUGGACUCACUAAGUACAUGCACUAUUGGUCAACCCUGCUUAUGUUCAGCCUUCCUGUCUUCUGGUCUUCAAGUCAAUUGUAGUGCUUUAAACCUCAUGGAGCUGCCUCCUCUGCCCUCAGACACCACAGAGCUCCAUAUGCAGGAUAAUAAACUUACCUCAGUGUCUCUAGGCCAGUUUCACAGACUGGUUAGUCUGAAAAAGGUCUCACUGUCUGGGAACCCCUUCCACUGUGGCUGCAGGAUCCAGUACCCGAGGAACUGGUUGCGGAACAAUGGGACUAUUGUUUUAACAGAGCCCCCCCCCUCUGCCAGUCCAAGCUCUGUGGCUCAGAAAGCCAUUGCUGAACUCAGGGACUACUUUUCUUCCUGUGUCCAGACAAGUUGUACUGAUGGGGCUUACAACACUGUGAUGGGGGUGAUGCUUUGCUGUGUUGUCAUUAUGCUUCUGUGGAGCUUGAGGCUAGCCAGAUAGUCUACCUUCACUCUGUACAUAGAUGAGAGACAUUCAGAAUUUGAGGCUGGCUCUCUGCAUUCAAUGAAACCCAAACACAGGAGGGGAUUGCAUAAUGCACUGUCAGAGGUCAAUGUGGACUCGCAUUCUCUCACAAGUGCGGAGGCUCCUGGAAGGCUGCUUCUAAACAUGGAUUUACUUCCACAAGUAGUGGAUAUGUUGCACAAGAAGCACAAUAUAAAGAUAAAGGCUACCUGA